AUGGAACUCCACAAGCACUAUAGACGCAUGUUUACCCAGGCACUGGGAUCGCGCGCUAUUCCAUCCUACUGGGAAAUUCAAAUCCAGGAAAUGCGCCGCGCGGUGCUCGAGAUGUUGCGGCAUGGCGCGGACGACGAGCGAUGGCUGAAGUCGAUCAGGCGGGCUGUAUCAAGCGUGACGAGCCGAAUUGUGUAUGGUUUGAGGUCAAGACAGAAGAGGAUGCUUCAUCGCCAAGCAGGGAGACCAGGAGAGUACAUUGUCGAAGGUCUUCCCUUUCUGAAAUAUCUCCCUUCGUGGUUUCCCGGCGCUUCCUUCAAGCGCAUCGGCAUGCAGAUCCGUCAAGACUGUCAGGAGCUAGUGGACGAUCCUUUCAAUACGGUGAAACAGUCUCUCCACAUAGGAAAACCUACGCCGUGCUUUGUUUCCCACCUGCUUGUCGAUGAACAGGGCGAUAUCAUAGAAGAUCCGCAGGAGGAAGAACGGAUCAAAUGGGCCGCUGGGGUGCUUUGGGGCGGCGGAGUGGAUACGACAGUUGCAGCGAUCCAGAUGUUCCUCACAGCCAUACUGCUCUUUCCCUCAGCUCAGCUCAAGGCGCAGCAAGAGAUCGACCGUGUCGUGGGGCCAGACCGGAUGCCUACGUUGGAAGACCGUAACAACCUACCGUAUUGCACCGCUAUGGUCCAGGAGCUUCUCAGAUGGAACCCCGUGGUGCCAUUGUGUAUUCCUCAUGUUUUGAUUCAAGAUGAAUCGUACGACGGGUGGAUCCUGCCCAAAGGGAGCAUUGUCAUCCCCAACUCCUGGGCACUUGCACAAGAUCCGAUAAUCUACGAGGAGCCCAGCGUGGUCAAUCCCGACCGCUUCUUAUCAGAAGACAGCCAGACCCUUUUUCCCAGGGAAGACGGCAGAGAAGUGGUCGGAUUCGGUCGACGCAUAUGCCCAGGCAAUCAUCUAGCUGAAGCGACUAUCUUUGCUUUCGUAUGCACGUUCGUAUGGAGUUCGAAUCUUCAGGGCACAUCAGAUUGGGAUGGCAGUGAACCAGAGUAUGGGGGUGGGAUCGUCAAGUGA